CGGGCGCCGACCCCGGAAGUGGGUGCGGGUGGGCAGCGGGGCCGGCCGCCGCCGCGCUCGGGCGUGGCGGGGAGGGGGUUAAAGCGCCGGGAAGCGACGCCGCCGGCUACGGAAACCGCGAGAAACCGCCCGGCUCUGAACGAGGAGCAGGGGCGAUCCGCAGCCCCUCCCAGGCUUCACGCGGCAGCCAACGCACAUACAUGGCGCGCAGGGUCUUCGCGGCGAGCAGGGAGGAGCGCCGCGGGGAUCGGGAUCGGGAUCGGCGCCUUCGCGGGGAGAGCGAGCACGACCGGCCGGCGCGUCUGCUUUGGUUGGCUCGUGAGACGGCGGCGAGCGUGAAGAACAUGUGCGGGGGCCAGGCCUCGUUUGGGAGGAGGCCGCGCUGGUGAGAGCGAGGAGGCAUGCUUCGGAGACUGACAUAAAUGGCCGACUCCGUCCUGUCGCAGCCGAACCCGGGCGCGUGGUGGAAUUACUUUUUCCUUUACGAUGGCUCCAAGGUUAAGGAAGAAGAGGAUCGCACCAGAGCUGGCAUUUGCUAUUUUUAUCCUUCUCAGACUCUCCUCGACCAGCAGGAGCUGCUGUGUGGGCAGAUCGCGGGUGUCGUGCGCUGCAUGGUGGAGAUUUCAGGUGUUCCCCCCAGGCUCAUUCGGCUCAGAAAGCUCAAGUUCGCCGUGCGGCUGGACGGCGAGUACCUCUGGGUGCUGGGCUGUGCUGUUGAGCUCCCUGACAUCAGCUGCAACCACUUUCUGGAUCACCUGAUCGGACUUUUCCAGUUCUACAACGGCCCCGUGCGCCAGGCUUACACAGCUUUUUCUCAGGAAAAGCUGAGCAAGCAGUGGGACCAGUACAUCGAUCACAUUCAGAAGAACACUAGUGACCUGCACAGGAUCUUCAAUUCCCUCUGGCACUUGGACAAAACCAAGGUGGACCCCCUGCUGCUGCUGAAGGCGGCCCUCAUCUUACAGACCUGCCAGCGCUGCCGUCAUGUCCUGGCUGGCUGCAUCCUCUACAAGGGUCUGAUUGUGAGCACCCAGCUUCCCCCUCCCGUCGCUGCCAAGGUGCUUCACCAGGGAGCUGAGCCAGCAGAGAAGAGCGGACACGGCAGUGGGGAUGUGCUGCAGGAACACGAUCCUCCAUUGCCUCCAGGCGUCUGCCUGCUCCCAGUUUUCCUGACAGAGGAAGAAUCUGCCACGCUGUGGGACUUCCCAGUGGAGUGGAUGACCAGUUUGCCCGUGUCUCCAGCAAGUGCCAAGGCUGCCCCUCACUCACAGGCCUUCUCAGAUCCCACGGGCAUCAAGGAGACCCUGGCCAGCACCUCAGUGAGGGAAGCAGCCUGGGACCCGCCUGGAGCAGGUGUGGCUGUCAGCAUCCCAGACUCUGCUUCCCCCAAUGGCUUCCCAGAGCCACCAGCCAACGCAGGGGAUAUUCACCCUGGACCUCUGAGCAGCUGGAGCCCUGAAGAAAGUUCUGCAGCUGGGGAUGCUGCCGCUGCCUCACCAGGCGAGCAGGGAACCCUGCCAGGAGACUCUGGACACUCUGCAGCAGAGCACGCUCGAGAUACAGAUGCCUCCUCUGCGCUCAUGGACUCUGCAGCCCCUCGUGCCCAGGGCAGGGAGCAUCAGAACGUGACCGUGUUGGGGACGACCCCUGAGGCUGAGCGCUGCCUCCUGCACCAGUGCCACGCAGCCAGCGGCAGCUUCGCCACGGGUGGCACGUCCAAAGAGCUGAGCAGCAGCAGCUGGAGCCAGCCGCACUCCCAGGGGACCACCAGCCAUGGCAGACUCCCUCGGGUAGGAGACGGAGCGCCCAGCAAUGAGCCGUCUCUGUCUGACCCUGCACCCAGCGCUGAAGGCUCAGAGCAGCAGCUGCCCGCAGGAGACCAUGGUGGGAGCCAGGGGCCUGGUACUGUGGAGCUGUAUGAGACGGUGGUGGAGGGCGCAAGCUCCCCGAGGAGCAGGGCGACCAGCUCUGCUGACCCCACAGGCUGCCCAGCCAAGCCGGCUGCACUGGUCAAGAUGGUCCUGUACGUCCACAGCAUCAAAGGGCUGGCGCUGGUGCUGCUGGCUGAGGAGCAGCUUGAGGCCAACACGGGCGCCAUUGAGGAAGUGUAUCGCAGCAGUCUGGCUUCCCUGAAUGGCCUCGAGGUUCAUCUGAAGGAGACUUGGCCCAGGGACUCUGCCGCCACCAAAGCCACCUACAGCUUCACCCACUAUGACUGCGUCCAGAACGUGCUGGCGGGGAACCUGCCGCCAGCGGCGGGCGCACAGGACCAGCACUUCCUGCGAGCCACGAGCCUGAUCCACGCGGACUUCGCUCAGCUCCCGGCCGCGUCUGAGAUGAUCGUCAGGAACGCUUGCACGGCCGUCUACGCCUGCCGCAGCCCUGUCCACGAGACCUACUUCCAGCAGCUGGGCGUCCCGCCGCGCAACUCGGGCGCCCCCAACCCGCACGACAGCGCCUUCAGCCUGCCGGGCAAGGCCAAGCAGAAGCUGCUGAAGCACGGCGUCAAUCUGCUCUGAGCUGUGCUCACCCGGCCUACAAGGACACAGACUCUCGUGCUGUGGGCUCAGCUCCACGGGUGGAGAGACAGAGAGACACUGGGGGCCUUUGCCCGCACUGACUGCUCCCUGCUGCCUGGGGGAUCCAGACAGCUGCGUGCCGGCCUUGAGCUGCCGGGUGUCUGGUCCAUGCCAGGAGUCCUGUGCCUUGAACUUGUUUCUGCCUCUUAAUCCACAGGGGUGAUCCCUGUCAAGCAGUGCCUUGUACGCUCCCAGCCCAGGCAGGGUGCAGAAGCAGACCUGCCCCCAGGGCUUCUUCCUGGCUGUGCCCCCCAUUGCUGCUGAUGGAGGUGCCCUAGUCCCUCCUUCCGCGCGUUCCUAUCCUGAGCUCAGGGGUGCUGUGUGUGCAGAAAAGGCCAAGAGCGCAGUGGCCAGCCAGGCCUGUCUUCGUGGCUCCUGACCCAGCCUGCUCGCCCCUUCCUGUGCCUUCAGGAGUCUUAUCGGAGCAGGGCAGCACGGCCGUCCUGGGAGCAGGCCACGCGAGUGGAUGGCUGCCUCCUUGUGUGCCACCGGGUGAGCAAUAAAGCAGAGUCCUCGCGGCUCAUCCAGGCA